UCACACGUCGAGCUCGAGUCGCGCUGCUCCCCGAGGCGGUGGAGACGCGCGCGGCAGGGUUCGACCGCACGCACUGGCAACGCGGCACACCCUGUGACACCGUGCGGCCCCCGAACCCCCGACGCGACUGUCAUCGCACAGUCAUGACAUCAGUGUGGGCAACCCGGACUCGGCGCGCUCCUAUAACUACUUGAUCGGCCUUCGAACAAGUCUCGGAAAGUCAGUGGAAGGAAGGAAGGAAGGAAAGAGGCUCAUCAUCUCUCAGUCAGUCUGAGUCUCUCUCUCUCUCUGUCUGUCUGUCUGUGUCUGUCUGUCUCCGCUCCCACCCACACAGAAGGCAGCCCCGGCUCCACGGACACCUGCGGUGCGCGUCGCGUCGCGUCGCGCCCAGCCAGGCCAGGGCAGGGGCAGGGCAGGCAGGGGGUGGAAAUGAGGCUCGCAGCACCACUGUGGACAGCGCUCGGCGUCGUCGGACUGCUGCUGGGCGACUCGCGCGUCUCCUCCUCGGGCCGCUGCGCUUCCCCCAGCAGAAAAGAAGCAGGCCGUUUCUCCAACGCAACCCUGGUCCGACUCUCGGACUACCUGACCGAAGGAUACAGGAAAGGGGUUCGACCGGUGCGGAACUGGACCCGGUCCACCACGGUGGCUAUUGACCUCAUGGUAUACGCCAUUCUCAGCGUGGACGAGAAGAACCAGGUUCUGACAACAUACAUAUGGUACAGGCAGCAAUGGACAGAUGAAUUCCUUUUUUGGAACCCAGAGGAUUUCGAUAAUGUAAAGCAAGUGUCCGUGCCCAUCAGCAAUGUUUGGAUGCCAGAUAUUCUCAUCAAUGAGUUCGUGGAUGUAGGGAAAUCUCCAGAGAUUCCCUAUGUUUAUGUUGGGUUCGACGGGGUGGUGCAGAACUACAAGCCCAUCCAGGUGAUGACUGCAUGCAGCUUGAACAUCUACAACUUCCCCUUCGAUGUACAGAACUGCAGCUUGACGUUCCAGAGCUGGCUUCACACCAUUAAAGACAUCAACAUCUCCCUGCUGAGGACUCCUGAAGAGGUGAAGGUGGAUAAGAGUGUUUUCAUGAAUCAGGGAGAGUGGGAACUUCUUCACAUUCUGUCCAAGUACAACACCUUCAGCAUCGACGAGGAGGACUACUAUGCUGAAAUCAAGUUUAAUGUGGUGAUCCGCAGAAGGCCGCUGUUCUACACGGUCAGCCUGCUCUUGCCCAGCAUCUUUCUCAUGGUGAUGGACAUUGUAGGCUUCUACCUCCCCCCUGACAGUGGAGAGAGGGUGUCCUUUAAGAUCACGCUGCUGCUGGGCUACUCAGUCUUCCUCAUCAUUGUCUCGGAUACGCUCCCUGCCACCGCGAUCGGAACACCGCUCAUUGGAGUCUACUUUGUGGUGUGCAUGGCUCUACUGGUCAUCAGCCUCACUGAGACGGUUCUCAUCGUACGGCUGGUGCACAAGCAGGAUCUCCAGCCCCACGUCCCAGACUGGGUGAAGCGGCUGGUGCUGGAGAAGGCUACGGCGUUACUCUGUGUUCGGAACCGGCACAAGUUCGAUCCCAUAUCACCCAAAGGGCACGAUCUGCUGCACGUGAAAGGGAAUGGCAUGAACACGGCUCAAUGCAGCCACCAGAACAGCGAGGUGAAGAUGGAUGCGGGGAGCAGAGUAGGGGCAUCUUCGGGCACGAAGGGCUGUGAAGCAGUCUUGGACACCCUUCUGGCAGAGAUUUCGUCCAUCCGGCAGUUCCUGGAGAAGCGUGAGGAAUACCGCGGGAUCGCUCGGGAGUGGCUGCAGGUGGGCUACGUGCUGGACGUGCUGCUCUUCCGCAUCUACCUGACGACCAUGCUGGCCUACAGCGUCACGCUUGGCAUCCUGUGGUCCGUGUGGCAAUACGCCUGAGCGCUGGGCCAGAGAGUCGGUGGAGCGUGUAAGGAGACGCUCUGCAGCUGAGGAGAUGGGAAAGAACAAAUCUGUAUAGUAGAGGGAAGAAUGAGACACAACUAUAACUCACUUAACUGGAAAAACUAUGGACAAAAAAGCCACAGUGCAACAUGGAAAAUCCUAUAAAAAUCUCCUCUCCAUAUUAAAAAAUGUUGUUGAACACAACUGAAAGAGUCAGUCGUCAAUACCAUAAAACCAUUUUUAUUUAGACGGUAGAAAAUUAGUCCCAUCUCCAGUGCUGUUGUAAGAUUGCACUACAAGUGGUAAUGCCAAUAAUACAGAAUUUUGCUUUCUGCAAAAUAAUAUGGGCAGUGUAGGUAGCAGGAAUUUCGUGUUGCUUUGGCGUCUCAUGUUACUGUAAGGAAGACAAGUGCGCUCUAGAGAUAGAUGCUAACGUGGCCAUUCUCUGCAGUACUUGCUCCGCUACGUAUAUAGUGUUUAAAAUUUUAGAGACGACGAAGUGGCUCUGUCACUAACGUGUGUGAAGUAUAUAGAGCAAGUUUAUUGAUAUCAUAAUUUGCGGUUAUUCUUGUAGAAAAACAGCUCUGGAGUCAAGCUGUAUCCAUUGCAUU